ACCCAUAGCUUAACUGUGUGCUGCCGGCAAGUGACGCUUUUUGCAUAGUGAAAUAAAUACGAAUACUUUUUCGCAUGGAAAAAACUGAAGGGUUAAAUAAUAAAUAUAGUGGUUAUCACUUCUGGUGUUAAUGUUAUCUGAACUAUAAAUUUACGAUAUCUACGCAAUAUCGCGUUCGCGAUACCUUUACCACGAGUAUUUCGCUCACAACUGGAAAGUGGACAGCAGAUCGUCACGUCCAUUUUAUGAUAGGAAAUAUAGGCAGUAAAACAUAUCUUCUGUUCAACCACCGGUAACCAUGGCACGUAGCCGCAAGGACAGCGCUGGCAAGAGUGAUUCAGAAGCCACCGACAAGGAAAACAAGAAAGAAAGAGGGCGAGAAAAGAAGAAGCGUGCUGCUUCUUCGUCGAGUAGUGGUUCUAGUUCAUCAGACAGUAGCUCAGCUUCUUCAAGUUCAUCUAGUGGCAGCAGUUCCAGAUCGAGCUCCUCGUCUAGUUCGUCGUCUAGUAGCUCUGGGAGUUCAUCAGCAAGUUCCCGAGACAGAGGUCGCAAAAGAAGCCGAAGUAAGAGCGCGGAUGUCUCAAGAAAACAUGACAAUAAGGAGAAAGAACGAGAAAAGGAAAGAGACAAAGAUAAGAAGAAGUCUGGUAAUGCAGUGGCCGAAAAGCCGAAGCCGAAAGCUCGUUCCAGGUCGCAUUCACCCCGGCGAAAACGCAGAGAACGUUCUCCAACCCCAAGGCCGACAAAAAUUCAUAUUGGAAGGCUGACACGCAAUGUUACCAAGGAGCACAUUGUUGAAAUAUUCUCUACUUAUGGAGUCAUAAAAAUGGUAGAUUUUCCACUAGAUAGAUUACAUCCUCCAAGUGGCAAGGGUUUUGCUUAUGUGGAAUUUGAAACUGCAGACGAAGCGGAAAAUGCUAUGAAACACAUGGAUGGAGGCCAAAUAGACGGACAGGAAAUAACCGCAGCGCCAGUAUUGCUGCCAAAGCCAAGGCCGCUUCCCAUGCGCAGGAUGUCUCCUCCCAUGGGACGGCGUCCCCCUAUAAGAUGGGGCGGUGGAGGUCGUAACUCGCCACCACGUUACCGAAGACGUUCUCCACCAUUGAAUCGUCGCAGAAGUCCCCCACCUCCUCGCCGCAGACCAAGAACGCGCUCCCGAAGCCCUCCGUCCAAUCCCCGUCAUCGUCAUCGUCGUUAUACAAGAUCCAGUUCAAGUAGCUCUCGAUAAAUGUCAAUUGACCGUGUAACUUGAUUUUGCAUAAUUUUUUACAUUGGAAUUAUUGUAACAUCUGGUGUAAUCAAAUAAUUAUGGAUAAGGAAUGAAAUUGAGUAUUGUAAUUUCUCUGACGGGCCUGAGUAACCAGCUUCAUUGAUCAACUCUUGAUCAAUGUUGCCAGGUGACAUAUUUCAAAUAAAGGUCGAUGUAAUAGUU